ACGGUUGAGUGGUAGUGACGUGGUGUUGCACGCGGGUUACGUUCGAACCCAUCGAGACCCAACAGAUGAAAUUAACCAUUUAAUUUCUCCAUCUUAACGUUGUUUUGAUCGCGGCUUGAUGCAAUGAAUGAAUAUCCGAGUGGUACUUCUAUACUAUCUAUUAAGUUGGCUAUCUAGUUAAUUAGAUGAUUUGAAUCAAAUAUCAUAGAAAUAGUGGUUUUUAUGGAGAAAUAGAAGAAGUUACGGCACUGAAACCGUUAAGCAUGAUUCUAGCCGAUGAUUGUGAGCUUGAUAUGUACGUUUUGUUAUAAGUGAAGAUGUGCUAAAACGUGGAGUCUUGUGAUACUUCGAGUUGUAUGUUGCGUGUAAUUGUGAAUCAAUCUCAUUAGCACUCGACAGAAGGUCAGAAACGUGAAUUUUUUUAGACUCGACUUUCCCCUAAGGAUACUUUCCCGGACCUGAACACGAAACACUGGUCACUCAUCAAGAUCUCACCAUGUCUCGAAUACAUUGCUGCCGGUCUGCAAUAAUGAUUCUGUUGCUUUUAGUUUUUGCCUCGAUAUCGAAUGCUUGGCGACCUUGCCAAGAACUAAGUCCAGCCUUAAGAUUUCCUUGCAAGUGUAAUGUAGAACCAUUCGGGCCAAAUGGGCAACUUGGUGCUGUUGCAAUGGAUUGCGAUCAGGUCGUUUUUCAUGGUGAGGCUCCGCAACUUCCAGUUGGUGCUCCAAUCAUUUCUUAUUCGCAACGAUUUAGCGGCCAACAAGUCUUGCCCGCUCAGGCAUUUGGGGCAUUAGAUCUUCCAAUUAAAAAGCUGGACUUCUCCAACAAUUCUGUCCGUCGUCUUUCAGAGAAGAGCUUCGUCGGCUUAGAGGAAACUCUGAACGAACUGCGAUUAGCCAACAACCUACUUGGCGAUAGUCUAAAUCCCAUCUUUUCGUCGGCAGAAUUUCAUCCGCUAAUCAAUCUACGACUACUCGAUUUAUCAGGAAACAAGAUUAAAUCCAUUGAGGAAGGUUUAUUAAAAGGUUGCUCGAAAUUGGAGGAAUUUUAUUUAGACAACAACAGCCUAUCCGAAGUGCCAUCGAACUCAAUUAACGGGCCAGAUACAUUGAAAGUUUUAUCGCUUCAACGAAAUAACAUAGCGCAAUUAAAGUUUGAAUCGUUCGCCGCUCAACCAUAUUUGGAGAAAAUCAAUUUGGCACAUAAUCAAAUCAAAACAAUCGAAGGCGGAACAUUUGGUGGAUUGGACUCAAUUAAAGAAAUCAAUUUAAAUGGGAACCGCAUCUCGAAAAUGAACAGUGAUGUUUUUGAAGGGGUCAAUAGUCUGGAAGUGUUGGACUUAUCGCAGAAUUUUAUUUCCCUGUUUCCAGUUGUUGCGCUCGAAACAAUCGAAUCAUUGAAAUCGUUGAAUUUAUCAUCAAAUAUGAUCCAGAAAUUGGAUUCAUCACACCUGCAAGUUAUCAAAGACAUCGAAGUUCUGGAUCUUAGCCGAAAUGGAAUAACUACUGUGCCACCAGGAACGUUCCGUGACCUUAAAUCAUUGAAAUAUCUUGAUCUCAGCUUGAACUCACUACGAACGAUUGAAGACGACGCACUUGAAGGACUCGAUAGCCUCCAAACUUUAAUUAUCAGAGAUAACAAUAUCCUCCUCGUCCCUGGAAGUGCUCUUGGUCGCCUUCCAAGGCUUUCUAAUCUCUAUUUGGACUACAAUCGUGUUGCAGCUCUAUCAUCGGACAUUUUAGGAUCUAUCCAACCUGACGACAUCAAGUUGUUAUCCUUGUCAAGAAAUGUUAUACGCGAACUGCCACCAGGAAGUUUUCAAUUGUUUAAGAAUCUCGAAAGUUUAGAUUUAUCCGGAAACUCGUUAGCUCUUGUGACUGCUGAUAUCUUCAUGGGUUUAGAAACAUCCUUACAAGAACUCAAGUUAUCACAUAAUAAAAUAACAGGACUAGGAAAUGUUCCUCUGUCCUUAGGAGAACUGAAAAGUUUGGAUCUCAGCGGAAAUAAUAUUGCUGAUAUUCCGAGAAAUGCAUUCGCUGGAUUGGAAAAUCUGAUAUCCUUGAAUCUAAGCGAAAAUUACCAUAUCUCUCCGUUGCCAUCGAACAUUUUAACUUCUCUCACGAAACUUCAGAUUAUUGACUUGAGUAAAUGCAGUAUCAAACAUAUAUCGGGAGAAUUGUUCGCUGGUCUGGAAGAUCUUGAGACUGUAAUACUCAGCAAUAAUCAUAUUCAGGAACUUCAUGAUGGAACUUUUGCAGAUCUUCCGAAAAUUAAAGCCAUUGACCUUUCCUACAAUCGAAUUUCCUCAAUUCGUUCCUCUACUUUUGUGAAUGUAAUGAGUAUCAGAAAACUAUCGCUGAAAGGUAAUCAGUUGAAUGCAUUCAAGGGAGAAUUUUUCAACACCGGAACUGGUUUGGAAGAACUGGAUAUAUCAGAGAAUGAACUAAGCUACCUGUUCCCAUCAUCUUUCAGAAUUCAUCCACGUUUGAGGAAAUUGAUAGCAUCCAAGAAUAAAUUCAGUUUCUUCCCAUCUGAACUUAUAACAUCCCUUCAGUAUCUUGAGUUUAUUGAUUUAUCUUACAACCAGUUGAAGAGUAUUGAUGAGUUAGAUUUCGCACGUCUACCAAGGUUGAGAACGCUUAAAGUUUCAAAUAACCAAUUGGAAUCAUUGAGCGAAAUGGCCUUCCACAACUCCACGCAACUGCAAAUCAUCGACUUGGGUUUAAAUAAGUUGGACCGAAUAGGAGAGCGAACCUUUGAAGGACUGAUAAGGCUUGAAUGCUUAAAUCUUGAAGGAAACAUGCUUACAGAACUUCCAGACACUCUAUUCGAACGAAACAAACUGCAAAUGUUAGAAAAUAUAAAUUUGUCCAACAAUAGUUUCGAGUAUGCCCCGCUUAAAUCUUUGCAGCGUCAAUACUUCUUCGUAUCCUCAGUGGAUUUGAGUCACAACCGAAUUAAAUUGAUCCCAUCCGAUGAUAGCAUCAUGGUUAACAUUAAAAAUCUGGACUUGUCUUAUAAUCCACUUAGUGAAGACUCAAUUAGAAAUAUUUUAAGUGAACCGAAAACGGUAAGAGAUCUGAAUCUUGCUGGUACUGGGCUUAAAGCUCUUGCUUCCCUGGAAACUCCAUUCCUUCAGAAUCUGAACUUAUCACACAAUCACCUAACUGAAAUCUCUGAUGAUGUAUUCCAACGUUCAACACUUUUAGAAAGUUUAGAUCUCUCAAACAAUAUGCUUUCUGAUCUUGAACAUCUUGCUAAAUCGUGGGCUAGACUACCAAUGUUACAAGUUUUGGAUCUUUCCAAUAAUUCAUUUGAAAUGAUUUCUCAAGGCGAUUUCGAUCAUUUAGAUAUGCUUCAAGAACUGAACAUUGUUGAUCUUGAAAAAUGUACCAAAAUUGAGAAAAAUGCCUUCCAAAUGCUUCCCAAUCUUGCCAGACUCAGUGCAUACAAUUACCCACUUUUGGGCUAUUUGGAUAUUAAAGGCAUACUCGAAGCUAUCCCUGGAAUAGAAAAGAUCGAUUUGGAAGUCAAAGACGCUGCAAUUGGCACUGAUCAAAUUCAGCCUGCAAAACAUCCAAGACUUAAGGAAAUAGGCUUAAGAGGCGACCGCUUGAGAAGCAUUUCCUCUGGUACUCUUGCUGGACUCAAGAGUAGCGACUUAACCAUAAGGCUGAAAAAUACAUCACUUUCUUCACUGCCGCCAGCACUUUUGUUCCCAGUUCCACGUUCCUCGAAUCUCAAUCUAGACAUUACUGGGUCUAAAGUAACAGUCUUGUCACCGCAAUUCCUUACGGCCCUCGAAGAUCGGCGAAAUAGUCUCAAACUCAAGGGGCUUAGCAGUAAUCCAAUCCAUUGUGACUGUAACGCUCGUGCCUUACGUCGCUGGCUUCCAAAUUCUCAUAUGACUGAAAUAGUGUGUCAAUCACCUGAUUUUCUGAAGGGGAAACUUUUGAUUGAAGUUGGUGAUGAUGAACUUACUUGCGAUCCUAGAAAAAUGACAACAUCUACCCUUCGUUCAACGAGCUACAAUCACCAGCAGACAUCAAAAAUUCUUACUCGACCAACUACUCUUGAGCCAGUGAUCAUUUGGAGCCUUGAACCAACCCAGCAACCUGCUAAGAUUAAAACCAAGCCACCACAAAUCAAACAAGCUGCCCUGAACAAUGACGACACCUUGAUCAUUGGAAUAGUUGGAGGGGUUGUUGCGUUUAUCGCAAUUUUGAUUAUCAUCAUUUGCAUCGUUCGCUUGAAGAUGAGUAGCUCUCAAUAUCAAAAUGCACCAAUGAUGGGAAUGCCUCCACUCCAAAUGGGACCAGGAAGUAUACCGGUCAAUUACAAGGGAGGAUCUCAACCUACUCUCUAUGCUCUCCCUCCAUAUGCUCAGAAUUAUGCCACACUUCCGCAUAAGAACAUUCACCAUUCACAACAAAAUUUGACUCAACCCAGGCCGGCGUAUUCCACUAUGGGGCGGCUAUCUUAUUAUCAACAGCAAACACCUUCACAACAUUCAAAUAGUCAACCGUACGUUAUCUACGCAGACGAGAAAGCUUAUAGAUAACCAAAUCCCACCAAACUUCGUUAAUUCGAGAUAUCAUCAAUUUUACGGAAGUAAAUUUGAUGAUUCGAAAACGCUUAAACAGUCAGUCGCGUAACAUUUACGCUGUAAGUUAGCUUUUAUGUUUUUUAGAUUUUUUUCGAGUAAUUUUUCUAUUUUAUUUUAUUUUAAAUGUACUUUAAAAGUGUUUUCUCGUCUCUGUAUAUAUAAACGACUAAUAACGAACAACAAAAACAUAAUUUUACUAAGAACUAGAGAAUACCCCAAUAACAAAUAGUAGCUAAUUUGUAUCUAAGUUAAAGAGAAUUUACAAAUCGAAACGAGAGGAAUAUUUUCAGUAGUUUAAAUGAUUUUAUAAUGAAAAGACAUAUUGAAAAUAAAUAAAAAUAUAUUUAAGGUAAA